UUUCAGUUCCGAAAAUACGUCAUUGUUGACACCCAUCCCAAUGGUGGUGCAUCAAUACUGAGAACGGACUGGAAUAAUAUCAGAAGAAAUUUCGACACUGAAGAAAGGAUGGAGUUCGCGAAGCAGUUUAUUCGUCUUGGAUUAGCUGAAUCGAAUGGAGUGCCUGUGUUUGUAAUCGGUGUUCUCGAAAAUGCUGCUUCCUAUCUUGUUGAUGUCUUCCAGUAUUUACACGAAAAACAUCCACAUUUGCCGGUAAAAAUUGGAUCAUUGACCAAUAAGCAACUUGUCGAAACCAUGCCUUUCAACACAUAUUACAAGCAAGUCAUGGAAACAUGUCAUCAUGGCACAUAUCGAUGCGGUCCGAUGCAUUCGGUUUCAAUGGUUGGAGCAAAGCAGGAAGAAUGUGGUGACUAUUUUGCAGAGCUGCUGGCAGAACUGGAGAAGUCUCCUAUUCUGCGGCCAAUUAUGCCAUGGGGAGAAUGGUCUGCGCUUCAUCUUGACAGCGUGACGGAAUGUGACGAUGGCCCAAUAUUUUGGGUCCGCCCGGGUGAACAGGUAGGUGCUUGUUCCUUUCACUACGAACGACGGGAAUUGCUGUUCGAGGAUCGCACACCCUGCCAUGCCGAUCAUGUCGGAGAUGGUUUGGAACGUAAAACAACAGCGGCUGUAGGAAUUCUUCAGUCAAUACUGUUAUCAUUCAUUGGCGGGUCAUUCAAACCAUCCCGUCGAGCUGUUAAAGAUGUCGUUUGUUUUCAUGCAGCAGAUUUUGAGCGCAUUGUAGAAACGCUGCAGCUCGACUUAUAUGAGCCUCCCAUGUCUCAGUGCGUUCAAUGGGUUGAGGAAGCAAAGUUGAAUCAACUGCGGAGGGAAGGUGUCAGAUAUUCCAAGUUUCAGCUUCAUCACAACGAUAUUUAUUUUCUGCCACGAAAUAUUGUCCACCAGUUCCGUACGAUAUCAGCAUGUGCGUCGAUUGCUUGGCAUGUCCGCUUACAGCAGUAUUACAUGGAUGAAGACACAAGCGGAGAGAAGGCUGAAUAG